AUGAACAACCAGCAGGAGGAGAUUGACGGUAUUGUUACCCGCAUUGAGGACCACCUUCGCCAAUUAUACGGGUACAAGGCUGAAGAGAACUUUGUUCUCCCUCGCUUUCUCGACAGCAUUGCAAUGCCAGACGUACCAACCUAUCCAGCCAUGUCAGAACAAUCCUCAUCCAGAAGAACAUCGAGAAGACCGCCAUCGGAUUCCACCACGCCAGAUCGACCGGCCUUCUCUUUCGCUCUACCUCCGCAACCAAAGUCACCUGGUGGUUCUACCAGGUCUGGAUACUCAAACACAACAGCGAUAACCCACAAGUCACCAGACUACACUAUAGAACUACAAAUGAGAGGCGUCAUCGAAGCAGAAAAUGUACCGCCGGAAUUUGAUAGCAUCAGAAAAGCCCUACAGCGCAAAUCACCAGGGCUCAACGCCCUUGAUAAAGACACUGUCGAUGGUUUCAACCAACUUUUAGUUGGCCCAAACAAUGAAGCUACCAUCCAAGCCGUUAUCGUCCCCAACCUUAUUGAUCAAAUCGGGAUCGUUCGCAAUCCGCAAACAUAUGCUAUCAAUCAAGCCCAGUUCGUGGCCGAAGGUGUCUUGCCUCCCCUCUUUCAAGGCGAGGAGAUCACCAAAAUCCCCUCACCAUGUCCGGGCCUCACCAUCGGCCUCUGGCGAGCUAGCUUCUGUGACUACAUAGUAGUCCUGCAUAAGCUAGGGACCAUGGCAUCCCCCAUCGGCUGCGCCCCCGACAUUAUCUUCCCAUGUUUUACGAUAGAAGUGAAGGGAGACUCAGGAGCCAAUGACGCGCGUAUGCGAAAUCAAAAUAAUGCUGCUCAUAUGCUACGCCACCUCCGUGAUCUGUCCUCCCUAGCCCAGGGUAAAGAUCACCGCACAUGUCAUUACUAUCUCUGCACAUUGGACGGUGGCGAAGUCUAA